AUGACCGCAGUGCCAAAACGACGUCUGGCCGCGCUGUCGCAGCAGCUCGUCGAAGGUGUGCCGUCCGAAGGCACGUUCGAGAACAUCCCCCGCGUCCGCCAUGUGGCAGGGCCGUCGACGGGGGAGAGGGUGAAAGGAAAGGUCGUCAUUGUCACAGGCUGUAACUCACCCAUCGGGAUCGGUCGAGCGUCGGCCCACCAAUACGCCGCCAACGGCGCCCGUGCCGUCUACAUAUGCGACUACGCGACCGACCAUCUGGAAACGCACAAGCGCGAGAUGGCACAGCUGUACCCGGAGUGCGCGGUGCACGCGGUCAAGAUGGACGUGGGGGACGAGGAACAGGUCAAGUCGGUAGUGGACCAAGCCGUUCAGAGCUACGGACGACUAGAUGUAAUGUUUGCCAAUGCCGGCGUGAGCGGCGUCCCGAACACGUACGAGCACGUCAGCGCCGACGCCUUCAUGAACACACUGCGCGUCAACACUCUCGGCGUCUUCCUGUGCGCAAAGUACGCGGCGCUUGCCAUGCAGAAAACCGGCGAAGACAAAAAGUAUCCCGGCGGGAGUAUCAUUGGCACGGCGAGCGUCGCUGGCUUGAGGUCCAACGCCGGCGGCACAGACUACUCGGCCAGCAAGGCAGCCGUGGUGUCGAUUGCCCAGACAAUGUCCUAUCAACUGGCUGGCACCGGCGUGCGGGUCAAUGCCUUGUGUCCCGGUGUGAUUGAGACGGGAAUGACAAAGCCCAUGUAUGAUCAGGCGAGGAGCAGGGGCACCGAAAGGAAGAUCGGACAGCUGAAUCCAUUGCAGCGUGGUGCCGUGGCAGACGAGGUGGCACGCGUCGCUCUGUUCCUGGGAAGUGAUGAGGCUAGUUAUGUCAACGGGCAGGCUUGGGCCGUCUGUGGUGGUCUCAGUGCAGGACACCCCUUUGUGCCGGGAAAGUUGGCAUAG